UGUGAUAAUUCUGUGUGCUGUUCUGCAAACACCUUUUUGUUCUGUAUUAUCUUAGAUGUGCAGGCUGGUUGUCCGGAAGCCACUGUCACACAGGAGCUUCUGAAAGAGGGGUUUCACAGGAGCCUCCUGGUAAAGGUAGAACUUGGCAUAGUGGGGAAGGAUGCAGGACGAUGCGCAGUGGCAGCUAGAGCUCGUCUUCCACCAGGAAUCUACGUGGAUCCCUAUGAGCUGGCAUCGUUGCAGCAGCACAAUUUAACAAGGGCGGUGUUAAUUCCUGAGGCCAUUGAUGUGGAGGCUCCUGAGUACUCAGCUGCAGAUCUUCUUGUUCUUCUGUACAUGGAACCUGACCCUCAGUGCUCUCACUGUUUUAGAGCUGCGUUGCCUGUGCAUGGGCGGUACCACCGGCCAGCAGAAGGGAGUGAGGAAGCACUGGUUGUUCUGAAGAGCCCUGAAAUACUGGUCUGCUACUGUGACAAUCGCCUGUCAGCAGAGUGUUGGAAGCCUGCUGAAGUGGAAGCUCCCUGUUCAGGCAAAACGAACGGCCCCUGUCAGUGGUACCGCAUAACGCACAAACCUGCACGUGAGGAAUUGAUUCUGCAGGUUCCAGUGGGGCUCACACAGCAUAGCUCCUUAGUGUGUGUUGUGACUCUCCUUGCUACAGUGCUCUGUUCCAGUUUGAUUCUCGCAGCUGUAUGCAAAUAUGGACACUUCUCCCCUGUGACCUACUCAGAAUAA